GAAGAAGCUCCCGGUUUUCGUCGACGACAUCUCUCACCUCGACUUCGAGCCUGCACACGCCGAUUGAGCGACCGUCUCAUUCUCCUCUCUCUUUCAGACGCAAGUCAAAAUGGUCUUCACACCUUCUCCCCGCCGCCUUGCGGUCUCUACCUACCACUCCCCAUAUGCGCCAAAGUACGCUCCUCAGCCUCACUUCCACGGCAUCACCCCUGGCCAUCUCUUCAAGGCUGGUACCGUUGCCGCCACCUUCGGUAUCUCUGCUGGUAUCUUCGCCCUCUUUUUCUUCAGCGAGGUUCCCCGUGUCCGACAGGAUAUCCUCCAGAAGGUUCCCGUGCUGGGCGAAUACUAUGACCGGAGAAUCCCCCCGGAGGACAACCCCUUCUAAACGCACUGUGCUGUGACUAUGUUCAAUUGUGGCCGCCUGUGGUAUGAGGGGUUGUAUCGCGGGAGAAGCAAUUGGAUGGGAAGUUCCGUUUGACGUUUCCAGGAAGGAACUGCGCUGUAGCAUAGCAUGUUUUGAAUCGCAUAUAGAAACCUUGUCAUAU